AUGUCAAGGUGCCGGCAGGAGAGCUGGUUAGUUCCGCAGAAACCUCCGCGGCGAUUUCCGAAGCAGGGCACCAGUGCCGUCGAGAAAAUUCACGGAAAGCGGUGGUCUCGGGCGGUGCCUGCCGGCAGGCUCUGCUGGGGCGCCGCGCUGAGCGGGGUCUUGAGCUUCGUCCUCCUGGCCGCGGCCAUCGGCACCGACUACUGGUACUUGGUCCGCGUGGACCUGCCCGCCGGGGGCAACCGGAGCGCUUGGGAGGCCGAGGAGCUGAGCUCUCACUCGGGACUCUGGCAUCUCUGCGAAGGGCGGAAUGCCUGCGUGCCUCUGAUCGAUCCCUUCAGCGCAGAGAGUCGGCAAGCUCCAGCUUCGCUCCAGCACCUUCUAUGCAUGCACCGGGCCUUUGUGGUUCUGCUGCCGCUCAGCCUCAUCUUGAUCGUUUUUGGCUGGAUCUGCGGGAUCAUCAGUUCUUUGGUUAGGAGUUCCCGCCUUCUGCGGAUCACUGGCUGCUAUCUUCUGUUGGGUGCACUGCUGACUUUGUCUGGGACCAGCAUCUACAUCUCCUAUUCUCGGGCAGCCUUCACUGAAGCAGUGCGUAUGUUUGACCAACAGCGUUUUGAGCACGUCCACGUUGCCUUUGGCUGGUCCUUGGCCCUCGCCUGGCUCUCCUUCGGCACCGAGGGGCUGGCGGGCAUCUUGCUUCUCCUGGCUGCUUGGGGGAUCCACCUGAGGCCAGAUGGAGGUUCAGUGGCCAUCUGAUCUCUGAGAAAGGGGCUACAGCCUUG